GCUCUUCGGAAUCGCAUCUCGAGACCCGCGAAGCGUCUCAGCUCGGCCCUCAUCCUUCCCGCAGCGGCGGCGGCCCGGGCCCCGCGGGCUCUGGACCAUGUACACCCGCAGUAGGGUGCAGGGCUCCGGUUUCGGAGCCCCCGCCGCCUCCCGCCCGGCCCGGGACCCCAAUGCGUGGCGCGGGGAGCUGGGCCCGCCGCAGGGCCCCAGGCAGGGUUUGGAGGACGCUCCCGAGAGCCCUUCGCGGGAGAGCCCGGAGCACGCGGGCCGGAGGUUCACAGGUGCAUAUACCUUGAUAGUACCAAAUGAAAAACGAAGAAAUGAGAUGCAACGGAUGGCUGCAAAAGAGCUGGAGGACCUGAAGAGGUGGAAGGAGCAACAAAGGACGAAGCCCAUUAACCUGGCACCCAUGCAGCUAGGUGGAAACCAGUCAGAGGUUGAAGUCAGGCAGAGACAACAACUUCAACUGAUACAAUCUAAAUACCAGAAAAAGCUUAAAAGAGAAGAAUAUAUAAGAAUCAAGAGGGAAGCUGAAGAAGCCGAAAUCCAAAAAAUGAAGGCAGUUCAGAGACAAAAGAGCAGUAAACUAGAGGAGAAAGAGAGACUUCAAGAAAACCUCAGAAGAGAAGCUUUUAGAGAACAUCAGCAAUGCAAAACUGCUGAGUUCUUGAGAAGAUUCGACACACAGUCGCCACACAGAGGUACCCGUCCAGUGGCUGUUUGUGACCCACAAUCUUCAGCUUGGAGUGAAUUACUGGAAUUUAAACGAGAGCAAGAGGAGGAAGAAAGAGCCAAAAUCCAGCAGGCUGAACACAGGAGGGUAAAUAAUGCUUUUCUGGACCGACUCCAAGGUGAAAGUCAACCAGGUGGCCUCCAGCACUUUGGAGGCUAUUGGAAUAUGAAUAGUGGUAACAGCUGGAUUAUCACAGAAUAUUGAGUAGAGUUCCCUGUGUUAUACAGUAGGUCCUUGUUGGUUAUCUAUCUUAUAUAUAGUAGUGUGUGUUAAUCCCAUGCUCCUGAUUUAUCCCUUUCCCUCCCUCUGGUAACCAUAAAUUUGUUUUAGAUAUCUGUAAGUCAGCUUCUGUCUUGUAAGUAAGUUCAUUUGUAUCAUUUUUAAAAAAUUAGAUUCCAUAUAUGAGUGAUAUCAUAUGAUAUUUGUCUUUGUCUGAUUUACUUCACUUAGCAUGAUAAUCUCUAGGUCCAUCCAUGUUGCUGCAAAUGGCAUUAUUUCAUUCUUUUUUAUGGCUGAGUAAUAUUCCAUUGUAUAUAUGUACCACAUCUUAUUUAUCCAUUUCUCUGUCGAUGGACAUUUAUGUUGCUUCCAUGUCUUGGCUAUUGUAAAUAGUGCUGCAGUGAACACUGGGGUGCAUGUAUCUUUUCAAAUUAUAGUUUUCUCCGGAUAUAUGCCCAGGAGUGGGAUUGCUGGAUCAUAUGUAAUUAUAUUUUUAGUUUUUUAAAGAUGCUCUAUACUGUUCUCCAUAGUACCAUAUUCUUUGAUAAUUUAAAAUUGCUUUUAUAUUAAAAAUUUUUUUUUGGUCUUCUAGAGUCCUUUAUUACUUUUCAUGAUGCAUCUAGGGUAGGAUGUUUAAAGAAUCACUUCAAACGAUCCCUUCUCUGAUACCAGUAGGUGAGACCCUUUGAGAUGCUGUGGCAACACUGAAUCCAGUGUCUUCAAAGGCAGUUAAGCAUUUGCCAUGACCCAUGAGGCAACCUAAAAUUUUAGUUUCCCAGAAUGUUAGAGCACCAAUAGUCUGAAUCCCAGGUGUACCUUGGCCUAGCAGUCUGGGAGGCCUGAUGGAGAUGUCAUGACUGUUUGCACAUAGUGGGGGGAGGGGACUCAUUUAAGUCUAUCUCCUUUCCUCAACGUCCCCUUAGAAGUCACCUUCCUGCUGUAUAAUACAGUGCACCUCUACUCCAUACAGUUCCAUUUAAAUUGCUCUGCUCCAUACUAUAUUUGCCCUGUCCUUGCUGUAACUAUGGAGGCGGGUGACAAUAUUUGUGAACACUAUUAGUUGUGACCCGUGUUAGCCUAUCUCUCAGAACACAGCUGAUGAGCUGUCGUUCAAUAAGCCAUUACAUUGUUGACAGAGACCAUUUUGUGACUCAAAAUGGAACUUGAAAAUUAAAUCACUUCACUGGGACUUGAAAUCAUUAAAAAAAUAGGUAGAGUGUUUUUUUGGAGGAACUUCAUUUUGGAUUUACAAAGGCUUUGAAUUUUGUUGCUGGUACUAAUUUUUGUUUUCUUUUUCUUCCAGGAUAUAUGAGAAAUAUUUGCUUACAACUGGCCUUUGUCAACUGACCUUGAAAAACCACACGAGAUGUUUUUCCUUCUUGCAGUUUUGUUUAGCCUAACUGUUUUUACCUUGCCUUCAACUGCCCACCCACUCAGCUGAGCAUCUGGGGAUGACUGGUUUCUCCCUGUCAUUAUUUAUGCAUGUUUGUAGGAGCUGAUUACUGAACUCAUAUUUAGUCUCUACUGCCAGUGAAAUGCUGCAUUAUUUUUCUAAUUGGUUUCACCUCGUAUUGGAAGUAUAAUUAUAGACGUGUUAGUAAGAUAGAAAAGGAGGGAAUCAUUUGAUGCUUUCAGGUUAGUGAGAGCUGUGGGUGCUGCAUGCCUGUCUCUCUAAACAGCUAAUUCUUAUCUAAUUCUCAGAUCAGGUUUGGGGAAGCUUUGGCAGCUUUAGAUUUGAAUCCCUGCUUUCUUAAUUCAGGGCACAAAUGUGAGCAAAAGAAAAAAAUAAAUCUUUUAUAUGCUUUUAAACAAAUUUAUAAAUAAAAUUUG